CGGAAGUCACGUGCUCAUCUCAGACCUUUCACUGUUGCUAUGGCCGCCCUGUGUCUCCAUGUCAACUACAGAGAUAACUAACUUGUUAGCAGAAAAGCAGCUUGCUAGAAGGACAGAGAGAUGGCAGAGACAGGUGAUAGUAAAAAGGAAGAAGCUGACUACAAGAGACUACACAGUUUCCCUCUCAUAAGGCACACAGAUAUGCCGGAGGAGAUGAGAGUUGAGACCAUGGAGCUGUGUGUCACUGCCUGCGAGAAGUUUGCCACCAACAACGAGAGCGCGGCCAAGAUGAUCAAGGAGACCAUGGACAAGAAGUUCGGCAGCUCGUGGCACGUGGUGAUCGGCGAGGGCUUCGGCUUCGAGGUCACGCACGAGGUCAAGAACCUGCUCUACAUGUUCUUCGGAGGGAGCCUGGCCGUGUGUGUGUGGAAGUGCUCCUAGCACACGUGUACAUGCACACACACACGCACACACACACACACACACACACACACACACACACACACACACACACACACACACACACACACACACACACACACACACACCUUUCACAAAUCAGCUGGAUUGUCACUACCUACUGUUUUUAGGAUUUCUACUGUAUGUGCACAGUGUAUGCCACAGUACACCAAACACGACUGCACACUCUCUUACCAGCCAGCCUAAUACACACACACACACACACACACACACACGCACACACACACACACACACACACGCGCGCACACACCUGAAGACACACCAGUGCUCAGGCCAUUGGCUUAGGGAGUGUGUGCAGUGUCUGAAAUGAUAUACAGCCUCUGCUAUGCAGUCCUUCUCCUGCUUCAGGUGUCUGUUGAUUUGUGACUAACUGACUGGCUGAGAGUGUGUGUGUGUGUGUGUGUGUGUGUGUGUGUGUGUGUGUGUUUGUGUGUGAGAGCAUGAUUUCUCUCCCACUCUCAGUCUGUGGAAGCUGUCUGAUUCACAUACAUACAAGACCCCCCGCCCAUUAAUCACGUACACACACACACACAAACGCGCGUUUCCUUCCGCUCAGCCGCAUGACGUUUGUGUGUUUGUGUGUACGUGUGUGCGUGUGUGAGUGUGCGCCCAUGUGUGAGGGAGAGAGAGAGGAACAUGAUGUGAGUGUGUGUGUGUGUGUGUGUGUGUGUGUGUGUGUGUGUGUGUGUGUGUGUGUGUGUGUGUGUGUGUGUGUGUGUGUGUCUGUGCUGUUACAUUCCAUUACAUACUUUUUUAAAGUGCAUCUUGUAUGUCUGUCUCCUAUUCUCCUUUCCCUCUCUCUCUUCAUCUCUCCAUCCCUCCAUCUCUUCCUCUUAUUCUCUCUCUCCACCUCACCAUCACUUCCUCUUAUUCUCUCCCUCUCUCUCUGUGUCUCUAUCCCUCCCUCCCCUUUGGCACGCACUCUGUGGGUCCCUGAGCUCACACCAUCUGUCAUAUUCCUCUUCUCGUUUCUGUUCUGUUUUUUUAUCUCAGUCUUUUUCUGCCUUCAUCACUUCCUCUUUAUCUCUGUAUUCCCCUGAAACCUCUCCGUCUGUCCGUCCGUCCGUCCAGCCUUCAUCUCUUCAGACCUCCAGUCUGACCCCACCAUCACCGCCGUUUCCACACUACAUCCUCCACAAUGCCCCGUGCCAAGUCCACACUACAUCCCCCACAACCCCCGGCACCAAGUCUGCACUACAUCCCCCACAACCCCCGGCACCAAGUCUGCACUACAUCCCCCACAAUGCCUGGCACAAAGUCCCCUCAUAAAAAUGCCACAGGGAUUUCUCAAAUGUUCUCAAUGUAUAUACUUGAAUACCAUUGUAUAAAAAAAACCAACAAAAACAUUUUUUUUUCUCACUCUAGUGAAUGCAUUCAUAUUAGCUUUGUUCGUAUAUUUUGUAUGAAAAGGGCUCGACAUUUCAACGAAUGCUUUUUGGUUUUUAAAUUAACAAUAAACAAAAGGCUGCAACUCUGCUGUCGUGACCAAACGCCCACCCCGGGUUGACCCCGCCCUUUACAGCAUCGUGAUGAGAUCCAUCAGAAUAUUGUGUAACCUGUCGAGGCUGUCGUUAGCACGUCAUCAUUGUAGAAUGACAACGAAUGUUUGCCGUGUUGUUGCUGCGUGUGAAGACUCCGUAUGCUGGCAAGAACGAAGACAUCUUCCUGAUCAGCACUCUGUGUCCUACAGAGGGAUCGACCAAUAGGAAACAGGCGCUCGAGGCUGGUCCCAGACCUGCUGGAAGCCCGGAACUGUGAUAGCUGGACCCACGUCAGUUGACACUGAACUGUUCCACCGUCAAUACUGUCAGAAUGUUUGUCUCAUAGAACUGUUUCCGUCUCUGAACACACUAAUAAAGUGCCCUGGAAUGUCCUCACCUGGA